AAAUGAGUCAUAACCAUAGAACAUCUGAACUUUGCUGACAUUUCCAAAUGAAACCACAAAUCACUAAACCAGUUUGUUUCGUCUUUCGAAACUAUGAGUGUCUCUAAUGAAAUAAGUACGUUUGAGAUUGGUGAACCCCACUGUGACAUAAACGCCCUCAAUCCCUGGGGUUACACUCAGCUUAACGGCCACGCAUUCUGGGGUGAUUUUGACGGCGUGAAAAAACUUCUUGAAGAUGGAGCCGACGUCAACUCCACCAGUGUCUCAAAUUUUACAGCUUUACACAGCAGCACCUGGCGAGGACACUUUGACAUUGUCAAAUUUUUAAUCAAAAAUGGGGCGGAUUUAAACGCCAAAACUUCAGAUGGAUUUACUCCUGUGAACGGGGCUAUAUGGCAGGGCCACAACCAAAUAGCUAGAUUUUUGAUAUCGGAGGGGGCUGAUAUUCACAUCCCUAAUAAUGAAGGAUUUUCGCCACUCACUUCAGCUUCGUGGACAGGAAAUUUGGAAAUGGUGGCUCUUUUAUUGAGUCUUGGAGCUGACGUGAACGUCAAAAAUCAACAUGGGUACACACCCCUCCAUGCAGCCGCCAAAAUGGGACACUUGUACGUUGUCCAACUGUUGGUCGAAAAUGGAGCCAAUAUUAAAGAAGUGGAUAAUUGGGGAAAUGACGCAUCGACUAUCGCGAAAAAAAAUAGAAAAAUGAAAGUGGAAGAAUAUUUGAGAUUAAAAAUCGUGAAACAAGAAAGCGAACAAUAAACAUUCUGUGAUUAUUUGAAUUUAUAAUCAGAAUAGGCGACAUUUUUGCCGGGAUGAAUAAAAAAAACGAAAAAAAAAAAAA